UCCUGACAACCCAGAGACUGGACAAUGGGGAAAAUAUAAUCUUGUGAAUGGUUAUAUUAAGUCAAGCACACACCUCCAAUCUAUUUCAGUCGUCAACUUUUACUCAAUCAACGUGCUGGAGGGUCACCUUUUAGUUUUUGCAAAAAUGCUAAAGUUUGUGUUCUUGUCUGUCCUCCUCCUGGCUGGAGGAGUGAAAGGACAAGAUGAUGAAUUUCUCUACGACGUUUUUCCACCAGAUUUUCAGUGGGGUGUGGCAACCAGUGCUUACCAAAUUGAAGGGGGUGCAUUUGCCGAUGGCAAAGGGUUAUCAAAUUGGGACUAUUGGUCACACAAUGGCAGCUAUGAAGGUCAUUGUAAUGUCAGAGACUGUCAAAAUGGAGACGUUGGCGGAGACUCGUACCACAAAUUUAGGGAAGACGCCGCUCUCAUUAAAAGCAUGGGUGCCGAUUUUUAUCGCUUCUCUCUCUCAUGGGCUAGAAUUGUUCCAACUGGACGAGUAGCUGAUGGCGUCAAUCAAGCAGGCAUUGAUCACUAUAACGAAGUAAUUGAUAACCUCAUCGCCGAAGGAAUCACGCCCUUCAUCACUUUAUACCAUUGGGAUCUUCCUCUACCGCUGACUUGGGAUGGCUCCUGGCUUAACGAGGAUAUCAUCGAACAUUUCAAAGAUUAUGCAAGAAUUGUAUUUGAAAAUUAUGGUGAUCGAGUCAAACUUUGGUUGUCCUUUAACGAACCGCACGUCUUUUGUUUCGCGGAUUGGACGUAUGCUUAUUUAAAUCCGUUCAAUUGGACGCAACCGGUUAAACCGUACAUCUGUUCACAUAACAUUCUCAAAGCUCAUGCUCUAGCUUGGCGAAUGUAUGACUCGGAAUUUAGACCAACACAGGGCGGAAAAAUGGGAAUUACGCUAAACUGUGAUUGGCCUGAGCCACUAGAUCCAGCAAAUUCUGCACAUGUAGAAGCUUCAGAUCGAUCCAUGCAUUUUCAUUAUGGAUUGUAUGCUAAUCCACUUCUUCGAGGAGAAUAUCCACCAAUUAUGAGAUCCUUAAUUGAUGCCAAAAGUGAGGCAGAAGGUAGAAACGAAUCCAGACUUCCGAGCUUUGAUGCCGAAUGGACUCAAAUUGUUAAUGAUUUUUUGGGGCUCAACCAUUAUUUCGCCUAUAAGGUUGUCCCAGACGAUAACAAUGAGUCAAUUUGGGUUGAGGGCGACGCAAACAUUCAUAUAGAACCAGACGAUGAAUCGUGGAAUCAUACCGCUGUGGGUUGGCCAAUUACACCAUUUGGGAUAAGAAAAGUAGUCAAGUGGAUUGCCGACGAGUAUAAUUAUCCCAUCUACAUCACUGAGAAUGGUUAUGGACAUUGGGAAAAUGAUACAUUCAAUGAUCCAAUUCGGGUUGAAUUUUACAAACAGUAUAUCAACAACGUCCUCAGGGCAGUACGGUUGGAUGGGGCAGAUGUCAAAUCGUACACUGCUUGGAGCUUGUUGGACAAUUAUGAGUGGGCUUCCGGUUAUUCAGUUCGGUUUGGAGUUCAUCAUGUUAAUUAUACCGAUCCAAACUUAACUCGGACUCCGAAGGCUUCAGCUAUGUAUUUGAAAGUGGUAUUUGCGGAUAAUGGAUUUCCUAACGCGACGCGAACGGACUAGAAAAUAUUCGAGAUCAAAAUUUAAACGAUGUUCUAAUUUUAGAAUUAAAGUCUGUCAGUUAAAAAAUAUAAUUCACGCGUGCGUGUAUAAAUAUAUUUUUUGUCUAGAAUAGUUCAUGACUAACUAGAUUAAAAGUUAUUAUAAUUGAUAAUUAUCUAUAUUGAUAUGAAAUAGAAUGUGUAUACAUAAAUAAAUUCCCAAUUUCCAAUGUUUUUCAAAUCAUAAAUUCAUAC